AUGCUCGAAGUUCAUACAAUCGUCCAUGUCGUGUGCGCACUCGCUCUGUACGCACUCUGGUAUGAAAAACCUUUGAGUGUUGAGACACCGACGCUUGUUGAAUUCAAGGGAACCGAUAAGAAGUUCUUGGCUUUCAUAUUAGAAUUAGGUGCCGAGCAGGGAGAUCAUUCCAUGGCUUUGCAUCCUGAAGCGAGAUGGUUCAACGCAGCACCGUCAGAUCACUGUGGUUUUGAGGUCUAUGAUAGUGAAUUGCCGAAAUCUGGUAAAUGCAAAUACGAGGAGCCAAGAAUGGUUGUAUACCAGGAGGCACUAUCAAAACAUCUGAAUUCAGAGCAAAUCAAUGGGACAGAUUGCAUCGACAUAUUACAGGCUCCGAAACUGGAUAUUACAGCCCCAUGCCAUCGACUCUUUUCGAGAGAUAAAAUUGUACACUAUACAUGGUCUGAGAAAGAACUCAAAAUCCUUCCAGAAUCAUGCAUUGCACGCAAACCACCCUUAGAAUAUUUUCCGGCUGCAAAUACGCAUGUUGUAUGUACCCUAUCUACAGGCGAAUCACUGAAUUCUGGUUGCGGGCCUGGGCUUGAUCAUCGCUCGGGGAAGUUGAAGCACAAAGUUAAUCACGAUAGCAGAACCAUCAGAGUAGGGCUUUCGAGUAAGGAUGUAAAGAGGCUCAUACUAGCAGCAGCAUACAUGAAGACAUCGCCUGCUCCGCCAAAAGAGGGAAGCCCCAAGAAUAAACCACACAAGACAAAAACUUUCUUCAACGAAGAGGUGGAAAAGGCAUCCACAUCGAUUUAUAAAUUUGCUCAAGGUUCGCAGCCACUUCUCGCACUCAGGUCUCAAAAUAUGAAUGGUAGCUAUUUCAAAGGCAUAGAGAAUGAAGGCGAUGAAACCUACUUGUCGGCAGCCAUGGCUCUGGUACCAGCAAUUUAUGGCUCUGCUCAUAUUGGCGCACUUUCCAUCCUUUUCCCAAGUGCGAUAGAAAGACUGUUGUGGAAGAUAUCCUGCUAUUAUCUGGUCGGGUCAUCCAUUAGCUUCGGACUAUGGUCCUUAUUAAGAUAUGGCGACGUGCGAAUUGCACGUGUAUUCCAAAUGCAGAAUACGCCACUUGAUUUGUGGGACGGUUUCAGAUUGAGGUACCCUUACAAGUUUCAAGGCAGAGUUCGACGUGUGGUUAUUGCAUGUUUUUCUUUCUUUCAUUAUGUUAGAUCUGGAUUGUUUGGAAUUCUGGCAUUGGCAUAUGUCAGCGCACGAAUGUAUCUCGUGGUUGAGUCUUUUAUUUCAUUGCGCUACGUCCCAGUAGGGAUUUAUCAAACUCCCGCAUUCGAUAUUAUGGGAAAGAUUCCUCAUCUUUAG